GUGGCGGCGGCGGUGCUGUGGGGAGGGUGGUGCUGCCGCGGAAGGGGCCGGGCCGGGCCGCCCGCAGACAGAACAGUAUCAGCAAAAUGGCGACGGCUCAGAAGCAAAAGAGUUCGAUGAAUGCAGUUGUAUUUCCUAAUAAAAUAUCUACUGAACAGCAGUCUCUGAUACUAGUGAAGAGGCUCCUAGCAGUAGCUGUAUCCUGCAUUACAUAUCUAAGAGGAAUCUUCCCUGAAAGCGCCUAUGGAACAAGAUACUUGGAUGAUCUCUGUGUCAAAAUUCUGAGGGAAGACAGAAACUGUCCUGGAUCAACUCAGCUGGUGAAAUGGAUGUUAGGAUGCUAUGAUGCCUUGCAGAAGAAAUAUCUAAGAAUGAUUGUCCUAGCAGUCUAUACCCAUCCAGAAGAUCCUCAGACAAUUACAGAAUGUUACCACUUCAAAUUCAAAUACACCCACAAUGGGCCACUCCUGGACUUCAGCAGUAAGAAUAAACAAAACGAUUCCACCAUCACAUGUGCAGACACGAAGAAAGCGAGCGUCCUCCUCAUUCGCAAGAUCUAUGUUCUGAUGCAAAACCUGGGUCCGCUACCAAAUGAUGUUUGCUUGACUAUGAAGCUGUUUUAUUAUGAUGAAGUUACACCACCCGAUUACCAGCCUCCUGGCUUUAAGGAAGGUGAAUGCGAGGGCAUGAUAUUUGAGGGGGAACCGAUGCAUCUAAAUGUGGGCGAAGUGCCAACGCCUUUUCAUAUGCUGAAAGUUAAAGUUACAACUGAAAAACAACGAAUGGAAAAUGCUGAUAAAAGCAUACUAAAGCAAGGAGACGCCAAUGUGCCUCUACAGGUGCUCAGAUUGGACAAAGAUGAUACAGGAGAACAGAAGAAGCAGCACAGGAAUGAAGAUCCUGUCUUGGAUAAUAAAGUGGAAGAUAGGAAAAAUGUAAAUAUUUCAGAAGCUGAAGAACCAAAUUUAACUUGUGAAGAAGAUGAAAUUUCAAAGGCUGAAGAGAAUCAAAAUCCAUAUGUUUCCAAUCCUCAGGUUGAUCAUUUAGCACAUAAGACGUCUGAACUUCACAUGUCAGAGAGCAGGACAAGAAGUGGAAAGAUAUUUCAAACCAGCACUGUUGAUCAGUUUGAACUCUUCUCUAGUCAAGAUGUGCUGCCAAAAAGGAGAAAAAUUAGUGAACCGAAGGAGCGGCUUUAGAUAUCCAUCUCCCUGCUGUUUACAGAAUUCAUCUCAAUAUCGCUUCCAUUUGUUGUUUAAUAUGAAUGUUAAUAUUUAAAUAUCAUUUAGGGAUCUGUUCUGUUUCAUUUAUAGUCGAAAUACAGUGUAUUUUAUAUCUAAGGCAAAAAAAAUCUGUCAAGCCCAGUUGAAGAAACUAAGUUAUUUUUUUAUAGGUGGUUGUAUUGCCAUCUGGAAAGAUAGAAGAUACUUAACUGCUGAUGCAAUCUCUGAAAAAACCAUCCAUAAUGAAGAUGAUUUGGGGGGAUUUGAUUCUCUGCUAACACUGUAUUUAAAUCCUGAUGGUGACUGUGUAUGCUCAUUACCUGAAAUGUGAGGUUAUUUCACUGAUAGUGCACUCUUUCUGGGCUGUAUUUAAACGCUUAGGGGCUUCUUGUUCAGAACCUGUCUGACAGGGCAUUGAAAACUGAAGUCUCAGGUUAAUUUCUGGAGCUUUAUCAAGCAGGUUCAGGAGAACUGUUGUCAGUUACAGCAAUAUUACAAUUUUCCUUUUUACUGCAUAGUAAACAGAACUGGGGAGGCUUAGGUGGCCCGAUUCCAUGCAUUUCUUCCAGACUCAACACACCAGACUCAAGAUAAAAAGCAUUAUUCAUAUCUUCAAUUUCAUACUUCACGCCAAAACGCAGGAUGUGCAUACAGCUGUGAUGUGAUAUGUGUGUAAUUACAAGCAGAGUGCUAAUUUGUGGCAGGCAUCUGUUGAAAUGUUGUAAGAUGAAACACUUGAAAAACAAAGAAACCUGUAUGUAUGUGAAAUGAUUAAUUGCGGGAGUCAAAUGGUGCCAUUUUUAUUUUUCCUAAACAAUUAAUUGUUAAUUUUUUGUGUACUAUGAAUGAAUUGGAGUGAAGCUAUUUAUGUAUGGCUGAGAGCUACUGCUGUGUUUAAACUGGAUGUGAAUAGCUGAACAUUUCUUGGGUGUUUUUUUAUAACAUCUUUUUAUCCUAUUCCUCAAUUAAAAGAAUGUUAUUCGAUA